UGUGUGUGUGUAAAAUUUCUGCCAUUUGAGGAAUUGGCAAUCAGCAAGAAAAUCUGUGAGGCUCUCUGCAGGGAAGAAUGUUUUCUUUGUCAGGAUUAGGACUCCUUUGUGUUUUAUGGGCAACAGGCAGACUUCAAACAGCUGCAGGUCAGUUGGUGAUAUUCACCUCUCCUUCAGACAGCGUUACUUUGCCAUGUGGCAUUCCCUCUGUUAGCCCCUGUUCCUCUGUGCACUGGACCAUGUCUGGAGAGUUCGGCUCAGUAACUGAGGUGGUGAAAGCUGGAGCAGUUACAGCAGCAAACAGGCUUGACCUCUUACAGGACUGCUCUCUGCGGAUGAAUCGCCCUGAACUCAAUGACGCACGGCUUUACUCUUGUCGCAGUGGAACACUGGAGUCCCGUGUCUCACUUCGGAUUCUUGAACUUACUGAGAGUCCAACUCCGGAGGAGGGCACGGUGGAACUUCAAUGUUUCCUCAAUACAUACAAAGGGCAUGUUCCUUGUAACAACACAGGGAUUCAUAUCAAUUGGAGCACUGAGGAUAAUACACCGAUUAAUGGGGACAGAUUUCACAUUAAAAAUCCCUCUGAAUGCUUCUCUAAACUGAUCAUCAAGAAAAAAGUGACUGACCAUCACAGGAAAUGGAGGUGUCAAGUAACUGAAAAGGAUGUGCUCAAAGCCACCAUCAGUCAUACAACGACAAUAACAGAUGGUGUAGAGGAAGUGUUCGCUGCAGUGGGUGAGUCAGUGUCACUCUCUUGUAGCCACACUUCCUCUCUUGGUUUGAGUGACAGAGUGAAGUGGGCAGUGGGUGGAAGACCACUAACACCUCACACCUUACAGGAAGAGCACCUGUCAGUGGCAUGUUGUGUGAAUGAGGACUCAUCACUGGUCAUUAGUAAAGUGCGAGCAUUGAAUGCUGGGGACUACCAGUGUUCAGACACCACUGACCAGAGAAAGGUGCUAAACCAAGUCCGACUGCACACCCUUGAUGUUACGUCACAGUGUGAGAUGGGAGAAGAUAUCCUCACCCUGACUUGUGUGCUAACCUGCAAAGUAAAAUGUGAAAAAUACUUGAAUUUAACUUGGUCUGGAAGACACCACGAUAGCUGGACGAGCAGUUUAAUGACUGACAAUAGCACUCUUACAAACAAGUUAACUCUCUCGGGUUGUGCAAUGAGCUUGGAUGAAAUAACCUGCAGUGUGCAAAGAGAGGGUGCUGUGAUGGCAUCAAAGAAGUUGCACUCUGUUAACUCUUUGCAAACACCUGCAUGGUUGGCCCUUCCUCUCGGCCUCCUGCUAUGUGCGGCUGCAGGAGGAUUCUACAUUAAGAGGAGGAGCAACAAGGAUGAAGCAAACGAGAGGUCAAGUAUUGGAAUGACUCAUGUAUAUGAAGUCGUUGGAGAUGUAAAUAAUGAGGAACAACAACCCAGAAGAGAAGCAGUCACCACCACUGACAGUUUCUAUGAUUUAUUACAGGCCGUGAACUAGAGCUUCACACAAACGUUUGUGUUUUUGUCUUGAUCUGAACCUUGAUUACAUAAAUGAACAGCAUUUUCUUAG